AAUUAAUAAAAAACUGGUAACUCCAAAACAAAGUGCAAUUAAAAAACUUCGUGUUAAGCUUAAAAUUUUGUUCUAAAGUCAACAGCAUUGUUAUAAAUGCCGUGUACAAAUACAUAGAUUUAAAUUACUGAAUUAAUUAAUGCGUCGGAACAAUGAAUAUCACCUACAUAUUCGUGCUCAUUUGGCUGGCGUACUUGAUUAGCAGUGGCGUGCUGCUUUUUUCUCGCGGCUUCCUGCUUUCACGCGUCUCUAAAACGGAGGUCAGCUCCUGCCGGCGACUCUCAAAUAAUCCCAAUGAUGAAUACUUUCUCACCACAGAGGUUGUGCAUGAGAUAUUCAAGGAUGUGAAUGCUUCGUCGAAUCUAUGUCUUCCACAAAAGUCUAAAGUAAUUGUAAUAGUUGUUGAUGCUUUAAAAUACGAGUUCGGAAUCUAUAAGGAGAAUCAUUCCGAGCCAUUGCCUUUUGAGAACAAGCUUGGGGUGCUGCACGAGCUGCAUCAACGAACGCCGGAUAAUGCGCGUCUAAUGCGUUUCAAAGCUGAUCCGCCGACGACAACGUUGCAGCGCCUAAAAGGACUGACUACGGGCAGCCUGCCCACAUUUAUUGACAUCGGGUCAAACUUCGCCUCGCCAGAAAUUAACGAAGACAAUGUGAUCGAUCAGAUAGUUAAAAGUGAUUUGCCUGUGGUAUUCCUGGGCGAUAGCACCUGGACAGAUUUAUACCCGCGUCGCUUCAAGCGCGCCUAUUCCUAUCCUAGCUUUGACAUCUUUGAUUUGGAUAGCGUUGACAAUCAAAUAAUGAAGCAUUUACCUAAAGAGCUGGCCAGCGAUGAUUGGCAGGUGCUGAUAGCCCAUUUUUUGGGCGUUGAUCAUUGUGGCCACAAACAUGGACCCAUGCAUGCGGAAAUGUCGCGUAAAUUAAGUGAAAUGAAUGAGAUAAUAAGCUUCGUCGUAUCGCAGAUGGAUAAUGAAACAACAUUAUUGGUAAUGGGUGACCAUGGAAUGACAGCGACCGGUGAUCAUGGCGGGGACACCGAUGACGAAACCAAUGCUCUAUUGUUUGCUUACUCCAAGCAGCAUUCGUUCUUCGGUAGCGAUGUGGGCUCAGAUAGCAAAAUGCUGCAACAGAUUGAUCUGGUGCCUACACUCUCAACCAUAUUGGGGGUGCCCAUACCCUACUCAAACUUGGGUCUUAUCAAUUUCAACAUUGUACCCAACGUCCCAGUACCCCAUUUGAGUAAAUUUCAAACCCUGCUGCUUCACUCCUGGCAAAAUGCCCAACAGAUCUACCAUUAUUUUUACAACUAUGCCAUGGAGAACAAGCGUACAUUUAAUGUGGAGGAGAUGGAUAAAAUGGAAACGGAAUUUAUACUCUUGACACAUCGUGUAAAGAGCAUUUAUAAUGAAGCCGCUUUUAAGUCGUUUGUGGGCGAUCUAAAUGCGCAUUUGCGGAAUAUUCUAAACAUAUGUCGCGAGAUCUGGGUAAAGUUCGAUGCAACUCAAAUGUCGCAGGGACUGCUCUUCACAUUCUUGCCGAUUUUCUUCGCUUUUUUGCUAAUUAAUAACUCACGUCCUAGUGAGUUUGUGGAGAUCUUUACGCCCAAGGAAAUAUCAUAUACAUAUUUGCUGAAUUUUGCGGCUGGUGUCUUUGGCUAUCGUUACUACAAGAACUUCUCAUUCAAGACGGAGGAGCAUGGCAUUAUAUUCUUCACCAGCCUGCUUAGUGCCGUCAUUUUGGUCUUUUUCACAUUGAAACAUUGGAGCAAUAUAGCCAACAAUUGGGCGAAUGUGAGACGCUUUGGCCACAUGCCUACGCGUCUGCUGCUCUUCACAACUAUGGGAGUGUUCUUCUCCAACAGCUUCAUCAUUCAAGAGUCCAAGACAUUAUCUUAUUUGUUAGCCGCUGUUAUUUUACUGCUGGUCUAUGAGGUGCUUAAACAGAGCGUACGCAUGGACUUUAGGUCAAGGUUUAAAAUAUCGCAUUUUAUACGAUCUACAGCGUUCAGAUUAAUCCUUGCCAGCGUUUUGGCCAUUUGCUUCAUACGUUUUGCCUACACAUUGUUUCGCUGCCGCGAGGAGCAAGGCAACUGUGCUGACUUUUCCAGUAGCAGCUCCGCAGGAUUUUCCAUUAAGAAACCGGCAAGUGGCAAAACAUACAUAAUGGCAGUAGUCAUUAUUGUGUUGUACACUACAAUGACGCGUCUCUACUUGCGCUCAUGCGGCAACUUGACGGGCAACUCUCCAAAUGUGCUCCUUGCACGCUAUGGACCCACAGUUGCUUCCAUUUGUGCUGGAGGCCACAUACUGCUUGCAAACAGUGCGAUAAAAAAUAUACAACGCACCCACAUUGAUGCCAUGGCGUUGGUCAUUUAUGGACUCCUUCUGUUGCAAAUCAUUGUCGUAUCUGUGGCGCCUUUGAUGACUUUUGUAUUACCACCGAAAAAUCCGAACAGCAUUGCCGUCAACGGGCGUGACAGCAUAGUGCCCGAAAUAUUUAAGAAGAUGAAGCGAAUGUACGAAGGUGAUGACGCCGAGCGUCGUUAUGCCAUUCCUGUGGUCUACGGACUGGCCACUGUAUAUUCAUCAAUCAUCAUUACCUUUGGCAUUUUCCUCGCCAUGACGCUGAUUGUCCUGCUUGAGCCGCGUGCCACAGUCGGCCUAAUCGUAUGCAUGUCUGUUGGCGCCAUUCUCUUAAUCGUGCACGGCAUUCUGCGCUAUCGCACUGCCACAAACUUCGAGACUUGUGUGCAGCCCACUUUUACAGCCGUUGUAGGUUGGUUCCUGCUCGCCCAUUUCUGCUUCUUUGCGACUUCUCAUCAGACCACGCUAUCUCAGAUUGAUUGGCGAGCAGCUUUUGUGGGCCGAACCACUGGCAUUGGCCAGUCGAACUUUAUAUCAGGCAUCCUAGUCAUACUGAAUACAUUUUGCGGUCCAAUAUUUUUCUUCUGUAUGUUCACAUUGCUGUCCACAGAGACGUUUUCGUUGUUCGCGCUCUUUCCCAAUUUAAUCAGGAGCAACAGCAAUCGCGAUUCGACACCAAGCACAGCACGCAACAAAGUUGAUGCCACCACAGCGUUGGCUGAUAUCUCAACGGCAGCUGUAGGCUUUGACAUGACGCGCGGGGAACUGACUCUGUACGAAUAUGAGGACGUUUUCCUGGGCGCCACAUUUAAAUUGGCCAGCCAGCUUUUUAUGCUGCAAGGGCUCAGAAUAUUUUGUGCGAUGCUCGCCUGCACCAUACAUUGUCGGCAUCUAAUGGUUUGGAAAAUCUUUGCACCACGUUUCAUCUACGAGGGUCUUGCCACAUUUGUCAGCCUGCCUGCCAUUAUUGUGGGUUAUGGUUUGCUUCUGCGCAUAAAUCUGGCUGUCGAUUCCCUGAUCAAGAGUAUUAACAAGGUCAAAACCAAUUAAUUAGUACUAGGCCUCAGUUGGUGAGCAGCCUAACUGGCAAAAUCCUCAUCCCCCUUAUGGUUUCGCUGCCAUAGACUUGUUAGUCUUAGUCGCUGGCAAGACGCAACAAACUGCUAGAGUAUGAAGCUUAAGUCCUUAAACUCAAAUUAAACUCAACGUAUGUAUGUAUCUAGUGUUUUACUUCUUAGGCGUAAAGUUUGUACGUACUUUUUAAAUGCAA